UUAUUUGAUAGCCGUCAAUAGAAUGCUCAAGAAUAUAAGGUGUUAGUUCAAGCAAAACUAAAUUCUUUUUUUAAUGAAUAUAUCUAUUUGCUCGACUAGACAAUCGAGAACAAAGACUUUAUUUUUUUCAUUUUAAGAGACUCAUUUUUUCUUGCCGUCUCCCAAUUUUGCAUUCAACCUUGUCUAAGCAAGGGAAAGCUUUGGGUAUGUUCCUAAGUUCAACCUUUCUUUUAUUUUAAUAGACAUAUACUUUUGUGCUAUUCAAAAUAUGCUUAGGUUAGGAGCCUGAAUUUCCACCCUUAUAAGUUAUAUGUUUGUAGAACAAGAAAGAACUAACGAAUAUAUUAUAUGUGAGAUGAUGUAAGAACCCAACGUGAAGAGAAAGACAAGGCGCCGCGUGAUUAGGGAGCAGCCAUCUCUAACAAAAGGCCGCCUUUCUUCACUGCCAACGCGAGACAGGCGCUCUCUCUUUGACGAACAAAGAAGAACAGCGAAGAAUUUACGAUUAACAGAAAGAAAAACCGAAAACCCUUUUCCCACGAGACUGUUUUCUCUCCAAGCAAUUAUUUUGAGAGAAACCCAAGAAAUGUUCGUCGAUAUUUGAAGAACUCGCCGACCCACUUCCAUUUUCGUAUCCUUUUUGGCUUUUCUUCUUGUUGGUCUACGUGAUUUACGUCGUCGGAACGCCUCCAAUCGUUCUAGGCGACAUUAAUUGGUUUCCCGACUUUUUGGAAUCAUCAAUGCGUUCCUGAUUUUCUUUGCCCAUCUUGUUUGGUUGAUUCGCAUAAGGGAGGCCAUGAAUGCGAAUAGUUCGCGAUUUCAAUCGUUUGGUCAAACUGAGAUCAACUGGGACAAGCUUGAUAAAGCAAAAUUUUAUGGCGUAGGAGCUGGCCUCUUUACUGGGAUUACUGUUGCACUGUACCCUGUUUCUGUUGUGAAAACGAGGAUGCAGGUUGCUGUAAAGGAUUCUGCCGAGAGAAAUGCCCUGUCUGUUAUUAAAGGCUUACUGAAGAAUGAUGGGGUUCCUGGUCUUUAUAGAGGGUUUGGCACAGUAAUCACUGGUGCAAUUCCUGCAAGGAUCAUCUUUCUUACUGCUUUAGAGACUACCAAAGUGGGAGCCUAUAAACUGGUUGAGCCAUGUAAAUUUUCUGAACCUACACAGGCUGCUUUGGCAAAUGGGUUAGCUGGCAUGACUGCAUCACUUUUUUCUCAAGCUGUUUUCGUUCCAAUUGAUGUGAUUAGUCAAAAGCUAAUGGUUCAAGGAUACUCCGGUAAUACAAGAUAUACUGGGGGUUUGGAUGUUGCUCGUAAACUGAUAAAGUCUAAUGGGAUUCGGGGAUUGUAUAAAGGUUUUGGGUUAUCUGUUAUGACCUACUCUCCAUCUAGUGCGGUAUGGUGGGCAAGUUAUGGUGCAAGUCAACGCGUCAUCUGGAGGUUCUUAGGUCAAAACUCUGCUUCAGAGAAAUUUGCUCCUAGCCAUUCCCAACUUAUUUCAGUUCAAGCUGCGGGUGGAAUUAUUGCAGGUGCAACAGCUUCCUGCAUUACAACACCAUUGGACACUAUAAAGACUCGCUUACAGGUGAUGGGCGAUAAAGGGAAGACAGCAAGACAAAUUGUUGAAAGCUUAAUCGCUGAGGAUGGGUGGAAAGGUUUUUAUAGGGGGCUGGGUCCUCGGUUCUUCAGCAUGUCAGCCUGGGGAACAUCGAUGAUAUUGGCUUACGAGUACUUGAGUAAGACUUCUUUAGCCUGCACUUUAUUUAUGAUACAUAUGAACACAUGCAUACACACAUAUCUACGCCAAUUAAAGACACCAAUUUCUUAUGUUGAUGUCAACAUCUUCAAGCAGAAAAUAUUCAUCUUUUAUGGGAAUCCUUAUAGCUAAUAUGAAGUAUUGGGAACUUUUUAGAAAGUUAUCUAGAGAAUUAUGAACUUCUGAGAUCCACCGUGUAAGGACUUAGUAAGGCAUGAAAUUAAUGUUUGUUAGUUGUGAGAGGCAUAUAAAUCCCUUGAGCCAAACAUCUCCUACUUAUUGCAUGUAGAUCAAAAUUUUUCUUUUGAACUUCAAUAAGCAUCAUUUCAAACCUCAUCUCACACUUGUUACUUUUUGCUAUUGGGAUGUAAUUUUCUUAAAUCUACACCAUUUUACAGUGUGCUAUGUAUCUGUUUAAUCUCUGUUGUAUUUGUGAAUAGUUUUCCCUUCUCAUGCGAUGUUGUUCAAAAUUUUAGAGCGGCUGUGUGCAAAAGAUGAAUAGACUUGACCUCAUCAAAGAUUUUAGAGCCAAAGCAACUUCUCAACUCUUUUUGUCCUCGCAACAAGGCUAGAAUUCACUUGAAGAUAGGUUAUUGCUGUUGAAGCAUUUGUGCAUUGACUACAGAGCAGAAUUUCAUUCCAUCUUAAAACCACAUUCAUUUUUAGGGAGUUGAGUUCGAAUAGCUCCUAAAUUUUUUAGACGUGUUACAUUAUAUUUCAUCACAACAAUAAAGUGUUACAUUAUAUUUCAUCACAAUAAACUCAGUUCAUCAAAUAGAGAAUGCAAGCUUAGUAUUCUCAUGUUGUAUUUGAACUAACAAAUAUUGUUCUUGAUCAAUCGUUUCAGAACACUUACAAGGCUUUUUAAAUUUAA